AUGACGCGAAGGGGACACUCCAGAAUGCUCAAGCCAACAACUCAUGUCUUCGCUGGCGAGAUAUCAAGGGCCAAGGUUCCACCAAAUGUCUACAUCUGGGGCUGGCUCGCUCCCGAGGAAUACUACCGUUUGAUGAAACUGCACGAGUUUCUCACGGCAUCUCCUGGAUCGGCUGCCGGAAGGAUCGCUUUGGUUCCAAAGACUAUCGGCUUCGAUAUCGAUGCGCUGAGUAGGUUACGGACAGCGGAGCAAUCUUUGCAUGUAGGCUUCGAAAAGAGAAUCGCGGCUCUCGAGGCUCAACACAAGCCGAAGCCACCCACCGACGACACGGACGCAAACACCCGAGGGCGAAGGACUUCUGAGUCUGAUAACUCGGACGCCUCGCACCUACUCGGAGAUCAGUACCAGCCCAACUAUGGUACCGCCAGCAGCACCCACAACGCGCCCCAGCCAGACCCGGAGGAGCUUCGACGUCAGCGAGAGAACCUAGAGCGUAUAUGCGCCGAGACAAAUGAACAACUAAUCCCCGUCUCCCAACCGAGCGCCCUCCCCGAAGUCACCGAACAGCCCUCCAAGAACGACGAAUACGCACACCUCUUCAACGAGCGCUUCAAGUCGAUACGAAGCCAGCGCCCUUCCUCCGCCGGCAACGACGAUGACGACGAGAUGACAUGGCUCGAGAACGCCAUGGGCAACCAGGGCGAGGAUGAGCUGGAGCAGAUCAAGCCAGCUAAGGGAAAGCUGACGAUUCAGUUCGGUCAGCGGUAG